AUGUUUGACGGAGGAUAUGCUCAAAAAAUGAACUUUAGCGGUUCUGACUCGGGAACAACAAGAACACCGGACUUGUAUGGACAAGGCAAUAGCGGCCAGUUUCCCUCCUAUCCCUCUAAUAAUUACCAGCUCUCAUCAUCGUCUAGACCGCAAAUGGAAGGAAAUCCAGGAUAUUCUGAGAUGAUGUUGCAAACGCGCCCGCCAGCGACAACACAGGGAUUUCCAUACGGCUCUUCAGGUACAACUGAAGGGGUACCUUCGGUACCAUCCAUACACAUGGGAGAAACUAACCAGUUUACUUCUGCUCCUAUGGCUUCUGCUGGUAUGAAGCAUGCGUCGCCGUCUAUGCCACCUAUGGCUUCAUCCAUUCAGCAGCAACAACAUCAACAAAUGUUACAAAGGCAACUUUAUCUAAAAAGUCAAAUGGAAUCAGCAAAUACUACGUUUGAACCCUCUUCUCAAAACAACCCUGAGUACCCCCCAAACACAUUUCCUAACCAAAGUAUGGGUGCCUCAUCCUCCAGAUCUCCUUCGAUGGCGCCUGGUGUGCCUAACAAUUCCAGUCCUCCAAACAGAAAUAGCAACUCAAAUCCUUCAGAUGUUGCUGAAAAUUACAACAAAUUUAUGGUCAGUUUAUUAAGUUUUAUGGCGAAGCGUGGAACUCCGUUGAAGAAUUAUCCAUCAAUUGAUGGAUCUCCUAUAAAUCUUAUGAUGCUUUAUGCUCUCGUUAUGCGCACAGGUGGCUCUAGGCGAGUAACAAGCUUAAAAUUAUGGCCCAAAGUUGCUGCUUCUCUUGGAAUCACUAAUCCAAAAACAGUUCCCCUCUUGUAUCAGCAAUAUAACAAUUGCCUUCUUCCCUAUGAAGAAGCAUGGGCCCGUGCCCACCAACAAAAGCUUCGGUUAGAAAAUCAAAAUCAAACUCAAAAUGAAAACCAAACUUCUUAUUCGGAAGACCCAAGAAUACUCACCUCUAGACAAGCAUCCGUGCCGAAGAUGGCAUCCCACGUACAAAUACCAAAUCCUAAAAGUGAAACACCGUCUCUGAAUGUACCUUCAUACAUGACUGCUAACUAUAAACCGUCACCCUCUCCUACUGCUGUACCCCAACGAAGCGGCUCAAUCCCACUUAACCCUUCUGGUAAUGAAAAAAGCAAACCUUUUGCCUCCAAUGUUUCGACACCCUUACCAUCCGUAUCCAACCGACCUCCUCCAGCCGAACUUAGCGUUGAAUCUCGUAUUUACAAUCCCAUAAAAAUAGACUUGGCGGGAACAACUGCUGGAUUUCCUUUGCAUCUUUCUAGCGCUCAUCGCAUUGAUGAGUCCUUAAUGCACUUGAAAAUGCCAUCUAUUUCAAACUUAGGCUGCAUAAACAUUCAUGCGCUAUCCAUGAGUCUCUUAUCUACACUUUCUGGUGAAAUGACUUACUCCCUCAAUGUUUUACUUCUUUUGACGAAUGAUAGACAAGAAGUGGUGCAUCUAGCGAAAUGCGAGGAAGUAAUUGAUGCGUUGGUGGAAGUUGGAUGGAACUGCUUGGAUAUAUUGACUGAAAGACUUGCAUCGGAAUCAAAUCAAAACCUUCACAACGAAAGGCCAUCUUAUAGGCAUCUAUUGCUAGAAUGCAUACAAGAGAAUAACCUUCAAAAGAUUCGGCCAGACAGCGGAGCUGAAGCUUGCCCUACUGAUGAAAGAAAAAGUCGUGAAUUGACAGAGCAACACUUGCUUGCAGUAUGUAUAAUAUUUCGUAACAUGUCUCUUGUUGACGAAACUAUAAUGAACCGUUGUCACGGAUCUGAGUUUUUCAGCUUUUUAAUGCGAUUAAUUCGGCUAUUGAAUCGUGGUGAGUCUUAUUUGCUACCGUCCAAGCGUGCCAUGUUAGAUCUUCAUAAAGACGUUUUGCUAUUACUUUCACAAGUGUCGCAUAAUAUAGUGUUACCAAACAUGGAAUCUGCUUUGCAAAUAUUACAUUUUAUUUUAGCGUUUUCUCCUAUAACGAAGAGAUAUAUCAAGCGAAAUGGUUUGGAAACGGAACACUCCCAAAAAUUUCCGUUAGACGUUCCUAAUUAUACCCCUUUCACACACCCCUAUGUGGGACCCUCUAUAGCUGUGUACGCAAAGUUGUUAGCUCGGGACACUACCAACAAAAUCUUUUUUCAGACGGUCUUUGACCGAAAUCCUGCUCUUCUAGACCUGACAUUUCUCUUCCUUGCCUCCGUUAUCCCAAAGUUCAAUAGACAGUGUUUAAAGCUUUGCGAAAAGCGUCUACCAUUGUUACAGCAUGCCUUUUUAUGUUUAGAAAACACUGUAUCGUUUAUACGAGAACCAUCCCAGGCGGUGUUUUGGUGUAACAUUGGCGAUGGUUUUUUUGCUUCUCUCAUUCGUUUGUUAAUUCUAUUAUCCGGUCAUCCAUCUCUUAAUCCCGUUUUUCCUCCCGAUGUUCCUGCCCGAACGAGCACGAAUCCCUUCCGCUAUAUCAUUCAAAAUGGGAUAUUAUGUGCAAAGAAGCUCUACCAUUUAGCAUGCUCGAUCAAUGCCCCAAUUACCUCUUUCCCAAAAGGCGAAACUAUUCUAGCGAUCCUUCUUGCUCCUACCACCGACCGAACGUUUUUGAAAGACCUAUCAACUAUAUUGGAUAAAGACCUUGAGGAACAACUAUCUUUUAAUAAUAACUUUGAAUAA